CGGAGCUGAGGCGGGAGCUGAGGGACAAGUACCUGUGGCGCGAAGCGAUUUUCCCCGGUGGUGCAGCGAUUUGCGCGCGAUGGCAAUGCCGAUCACGGUCAUGUACGUGCUGGCGGCGGUCUUCCUCGGAAUGUUGUGCAACAUGUCCCCGCUGUCUUUCUUUUCUUGGAUAUCAAGUGCAAAUUACGUAUUAUAAUCUGAGUCUGGAAGAAAGCCGACGCGGCUUGCAAGAAACAUUUUGCGCAAUUCUUUUGUAUGCGUAGUCUGCAUAAGAGAUACCCGCUCCUGCGCAUAAAAAUCGUGCGUCAACAUCUGCUGACUAUGCAGCACAGAAAUGUCGCUAUUCCACAAGAAGCAGAAUCCGCAUGACACGCAAGUUUGCAUCGUCCCUCCAGCCAGACCCAGGCGCAUUUUUGGAACGCAUAGUGGUAUGGCGUCAUGCAAAUCCCCCUGAUGUAUCUCGGACUCGGGAUUGCCUCCGUUUGAUACGACACCACCGGCGCGUUCGACUGCAACAAGCCUUGCGUGUCGCAGAUAUGGGAGAACUGGGUCGAAAGCACUGAUAUCCAGUACAAAAGUAUCGCACUUUUAGUUAUUGGCAAAUUGAUGGACGUUGCAGAUGCAGUUUUGAUAUUACUGCAUGACAAAUCUUUAUCUCCUUCAUCAAACACCUCAAUGCCUGGCGCUUCUCAUUUCUUUACCGAGUCAGCAUUGCAAGUUCAGUAUUUCGCUUCUACUUAGUUUCUUCCUAGCAAGGUUUCUCUUUGUCUUUCACUUUCAGUUUGUCAAAACAAAAAUAAGAAAAAGGCAAGUUGCCACAAUCAGACCCACACUCACUUUAGCUGCUCCUUGUGUGAUACAUUUGCAUUGCAUACGAAAACAGCACCACUUGAACGUGCUGACUGAAUGGAUCUCGAACGCGAGUGGGGAGCGCAAUUUCCGCCAAGAGGAGCCCGGCAACGACGAUCCAUUUCGAGUGCUGCUGAACCGUUUGAAGGAUGAAGAACGAAGUCGGAGGACCAAUGCACCGACCUCCCCGGGUCCUCCGGCGCAAACACCUUCCCCACGACAGGAGCAAACCCCCACUCCCGACCCGGCCAGUGAGGAGAGGGUACCAGAGGUUGGCCAUGUGCCGGCCCAAGGUGAGCAACAAGGUGACCACGCUGCGGCGAGUACAACUGGGCUGGGCGGUAAGCACGACGACGAAGCGAAGGCGGGCGACGAAGACGAAGUUGUUCUGCCGGACCCCCAGGUGCUCAUGGAAGAAGAAAAU